GAAAUAAACCACAUUACAAAUAAAAAUUCAGAAAGACUACUCCAACCUAAAACUGUACACUAACGUUUUUUAUGUAUGACUACCUCAAUAUAAUGAAAAGCUUAUCUUUGUGUACAUUCUUUUUUUUCAAUAUAAUAUGGCCGGUUCUUUGUUCAACGAGCAACAGUAGAGAAACGUUUUGGAAAUAUUUAGUUUAUAUUCAGUCGUGGAUCAGAAUAGGUGUUAUUUUUGAGUGUAUUUGGUAAAGUGAAUUACAUGGAAUUUGCAAAUAAAAUAAUUGAUUAU